AUGGAAGUACGAGUAUUGAGCAUCCUCCUCCUCCUGGUGGCCUUGACGGCAGUUCAUGGUAGUGGUUCAUAUGUGGUGAAGAAGGUGAUGAAGGCCGCCCCCCAAUACCAGCCCUACUCUGUGAAGAGCCACAGUAAGAACCAACAUCCUAAUCUACAUUGCCUAGUAUGGUACAAGUGUCUUUGAAAUUGCUGUGAUACAGUUUCAAUGGUCAAUGUGACAGUUCAACUAUAGUCAAUGAUAAAUCGAACUUCUUCACACUUCACCACAAACAUACUCAUUUGCAAAUGUGUCCACUUACCAUGUGAUUUACAUCUGAGGAUUUCAACUUUCAGUUCUUGCACAGGGACAAUCAGACAUACAGUUAGUGCCAGUUCACGCAAGAGCACUUCUCUAAUUUGAAACAUGAGCUUUUACCAACUCAAAGGUUAUGCAGUGUAAUCAUUGGCUACUGUGAUCUGGAUCUUUAUCCAAUUGCUUAGUGUUUCAGGCCUCGUGAUUUCAUAGGAGCACCUGUAUAACAUUAUGUUGCAUAGUGUCUGAAGUGAGUACACUGUGUAUGCACAUGUUAUUUCUGUCACUCAGGCUAAAUAACCCUACAUCUUCAACAGUUAUUUUGUUAUAAUUCAAGGAUUAAGUAUGUUUUACCUUCAUGAUAUCUUUACUUCAAUUGAUUUUCAAUGUUAUUUUUACUGGAUUUUCAGUCAAUCUCUUGGUACCUUCAGUAGGUCUUAAGAAGUUAUUUUAGGAUGACCAGUUAGAUCAGUGAUUCAGCAGUUGAGUAAUUUUAGGAUGACCAGUUAGAGCUGUGAUUCAGUUGUGUAGAACUUAGUGGGGCAUAAGGAUCUGCUGACAUUUCAGUAUUUCUUUACAUAUUUAACUACAAAGAAAAUGACAUUUCAGUUAUGGAAGUUUGGGUGCUUUGUAGUACAGAUGAUAGCUAAUUUAAGUCAUUUAUAAAAUGCCAAUAUGUGUUGAGUUGAAAAAAGCACAUGAAAUACUACAAGUUGAACUGUCUAUAAAUGAUGUCCUCGUUAUCUUAUAGGAUCUUCUCUAUUGUAAUGAAUAGUUGACUUUGCCCUACCUAACUGAUGGUAACAGUACCCAUACUGUAUUUUUUAAAAGUCAGAUAUAUAGUUAACUAAUGCAUUACUUCUGAAAAAUAGACACAUUUUAUGAUUCUUCUUAUGUUUACCUUUCAAUUAAUUCAGUUCUGCAUCGGUUUCUUGCAAUAGCAAAUUAAAGUAAACUGUAUUUUUAGAUCAUAUGAAGUACCGUGUAAAAUAGUGUGUGCCUCUUGUUAAUAUUAUAUGUAUUUUAACACUGUCAAUUACAGUUCAAUCACCCAGCAAUGUGGUUGUUUGGGUGUGCCUUUCAAAAAGUAAAAACAUCUGUUUUAAAUUAAUCUAAACUGGGCCUCUACAUUUGACCAAGGAGAUAUGCCUUUUACACCCUGGGUCAUGUGACCACAAAAAAGCAAAUGAAAAACAACUCCCUUAAAUGUCAUCAUCCUGCUUCACAAAUGCUUGUUUUCUCCAAAUACUACAGUUUCUUAAGAUAGAAAUGUCUGCUUUUUUGUAUGGUGUGAAAUAAGAACAGGUUGAAAACAGAAGAUUACUUCUAGCUAAUAAUUGAACAGGUUUAAAUGUUUAUGCAGGUUUGAUUUCAGCAGUUUAUCCUAUCAUACCGGAUGCUCUUAAAGAGGCAAUUCCUCCAAAAUUAGGAUUUAAUAUCCUAGUUUGCAUUAUUAGGCGAUUUAGUUCACUUCCCCAAGCAGGUUUAACAUACAUUUGCUGGACAAAAGGGCGGCAAUACAAAGUUCGGGAAAAUGUAAAUUCCACUAUGUCAUCACACUGCAUGCUCAGUUAGCUAUACAAUCAUUUAUAAUAUUCAAUUCAAUUCAAUUAAUUCAAUAAAAUUCCAAUAACUUAUUUCCUGAGAAGGACCUUCAUGUGUGGUGAAGGAUUUAGUACAGACAAGACAAAUAACAACAUGGAAGACAAAAUUCGUACAGAAUGAAUUAGUAUCUCAGUAUAUUUUCUGAACACAAUAUGCAUGUAGACAUGGUUGUUUUCUCAAUUUAAUUAAUAAACAUUUUGAGUAAAUGUGCCAAAAUCGAUAGAAUGACAUUGAGGGACAGAGUACCCUGACAUUUGCCAUUGAUCAGGGGCCAUAUAUAUAGCAAGGGUCUCUGAGUAGUAGUGCUGAUUUAGGAUCAGUUUUGCAUUUUAGAUCGCAAUGAAUAAGAUUACAUGGACAGUGGGAGCUGAUCAUAAAUCAGCACUCCUCUUCUGAGACACUUGAUACAUACAGCCCCAGGACUCAGGUUCCCAUGUUUCCAGUAAAAGGACGUGCAAACCAAAAUGUCAAACCAGAGCGAGGUUAAAUUGGGAAACACCUAGUCUUACUUCUGUCUAGCUAGUUAACUAGGCUAACUAACUAACUUGCCUACCCAAAACAACAAUCUAACGCGCAAUUUUGGUAAAUGGUCUGGAGGUGAAUUGCAUUCUGGGAAUCAUAGUAUAAAAACAUAAGUGGAUCCACCACAUGUACAUGAAAUUUGAAUAUGGAAGCAAUACAGAGCAACAAAUUAUGAUUGUUCCUCUGACAAUUGCUAAGUGUAACACAUUACUGUACUUCUUCAAAGUUGGAAUCCAUAAAUUAACAUGUCAGUCUUCCAUCACGCAAACAAAAUACUGGGGAUUUACUACUACACUGCACAAUAUUAGAGAUGUGAGCAGACUAAAUAAAUGUUCACUUUAAAACGUGUAUUUCCGAUCAAAAGUUCCCCCAUUUGUUGCCUGGGGUGGUCUAGUGGUCUUAUCCGCUGCCUUAGAUCAUAUGUACUGUGCAGCUGUGAGCAUGGGUCCAAAUCCGACCAAAUGCUCUAGCACCCUCUUUCCGCCUAUCUUUCAUCUCUACACCUCUAUCUCUAAACCCUAUCCAAUAAAACACAACAAAUAGGAAAAGAUGCCCUACGUAUGUAAAUAGUUGUUAUUAUUAGUAUUCUCUUACUAUUAUUUAAAUUAUUAUUUGAGAAUGAGCGACAAUAGUAGCUGACCUAAUUAUAAUUCUUAACCAGCAGAGAACACAUGAUCGUACAUAGGAAUUACUAUUCCUUGCAUUCAUUUUUGUAAAUUGAAAAAAUUAUUCCAACAUACAAUUGCCAAUAACACAUUUACUACAAUAAGAUCAUUUUUCAUCUGUGGUAUUAAUAAGGUGACUUCUUAUUUCCUCACAGUGGUGCCAGUGGCAGGAGAGCCUGGUGCGCCAGGUGAGCCCGGCCCAGAAGGCCCCCCUGGCCCAGCUGGCCCUGCAGGGGAAAGUGCUGUGGGACAGCCCGGACCCGAGGGCCCUGCCGGACCACCCGGACCUGCUGGCUACUCCGCACCUGGCAAACAUGGCUCCCCAGGUGGGCCCGGUAAGCCUGGUAAGCCUGGCGCAGCUGGCGAGAAAGGAGAGGCGGGCCCAGCUGGACUUCAAGGUCCCAGGGGCAUGCCUGGACCUGCUGGAAGCUCCGGACCUGCUGGGAUCUCUUCCACUGGCAACCCUGGACCUCACGGUCUGCCCGGAGCAAUGGGGCCAAGAGGGGAAACAGGUCUUAAGGGACAUUCAGGUAUGCCUGGUUUGCCAGGAGCUAAGGGGGAUAGAGGAGUGGGUUUCCCAGGGGCACAAGGUGAGACAGGGGCUGUGGGACCUAUGGGACCAGUUGGGCAGCCUGGAGCAUCCGGAGUUGGAAAGCCAGGCAAGCCAGGAAUCCCUGGUGAGGCAGGAAAUUCAGGUAGCCCAGGUAGGGAUGGGGCCGCUGGUCCUAUGGGAUUGCCAGGUGCUAAGGGCCACACUGGGGCUCCUGGUGUAGGUCUGCCUGGGAAACCAGGUGAUAAUGGGGCUCCAGGUAUGCCUGGUGCAGCUGGUCCUAAAGGUAAUCAGGGAGCAACUGGAGCAUCUGGUGCUCCCGGUAUCCCUGGAUAUGGAAAGCCAGGAGCAAAUGGACAGAAGGGUGAGAGGGGAGUUGUAGGAAGCUCAGGCACAACAGGUCAGAAGGGUGAGCCAGGAGCACAGGGAUAUACUGGUGCUACUGGUGCUACUGGGCCCAUGGGUCCCGCCGGUCCUCAGGGUGCAAGAGGCUUCCAGGGAGAUACUGGGGAAAUGGGUUCCAAAGGUGACACAGGUGCAAUGGGACCCCAGGGACCAAAGGGAUAUAAGGGAGAUCAGGGAGCACAAGGUUUCCAGGGAAAGCAAGGUUAUACCGGAGCAACAGGCCCAACUGGUGCCAUGGGAGCUACUGGAGCUCCAGGUAACAAAGGUGAUACUGGCCACACAGGUGCAACCGGUGCUCCAGGUGUCCCAGGACCUGCCGGGCCCAAAGGUUUCCCAGGGCGCAAUGGUGAGGCAGGUGAGGCUGGAGCUGCUGGAACCCCAGGUCCCAGAGGACCUGUUGGGCCUGCUGGUGCCGCAGGUACAUCUGGCCUUAAAGGACACCCAGGUCUCCCUGGCACACCUGGCCCAGCUGGACUGGCCGCUAAGGGAAUCCCUGGCCCUCAGGGUCCCCCUGGGCUACCUGGUGCUGAUGGUCAGGAUGGUGGCCAAGGCCCUGCUGGACCUCCUGGCCCACCUGGUCCUCCCGGCGAAUUCAUUUUCGAAACGGGCAUGGGCAUGGGUGAGGUCAUGGUCCCUACUCUUGUUAAGGCCCCCAUGUCUGCUUUCUCUGUUUCUCUUUCUAGUCCUUAUCCUCCAUCUGGGGAACCUAUUAAGUUUGACAAUGAGGUGUACAAUGCAGAGAAUCACUAUGACACUACCACCGGGCAGUUCACUUGCCAGGUCCCUGGAGUCUACUACUUCUCAUACACCAUUCACGUGAAUGGGGCUCAUGCUCUGGUGGCUCUGUACAAGAACGACAAGCCAGUCAUGUUCAGCUAUGAUGAGUACAACAAGGGCUUCCUGGACCAGAUGUCCGGUAGCACUGUCCUUAUGCUCGAUGUGAACGACACAGUCUACCUUCAGAUUCCCGAUGAUGAGGCCAAUGGAGUCUUUGCAGCUGAGAAUGUCCACUGCUCUUUCUCUGGGUUCCUUAUCAUUUCAACGUGAUACGGUGUCAUCCAAUAACGAUACAACUAAAUCUGCAAGCUAUUUCCCAACCAGGCAGUUCUCUCUUUUUUGAGGAAUAGAAGCAUCUCGACUUGAAAAAUCCAAGAAAUGGGUGCUAAGAAGAAGGAAAUAAUUUAUCUAACAGGUUAUCAGGGAUGGGGAGGCAAUCAACAAAGUUACCAAUUAUUCAGAAUUUUCUUUUUUGUUAGUGGAGGCAACAUGUGAAAUGUAGGUGUUAUGGCUAUGUUGUGUUCUGAAAAUGUUUUAGUUUUUUCUCAUUACAGCAGGUGAUUCUUGUUUUGUGUAUGUCUGUGUUUUUGUACAACCUUGUUUUUGGUGACCAAUUUGAUAACCUUAUUAAAAGUACAUGAUUACUUCUGUGCACCAUUUUGUACCCAACUUCCUUGUAUGUUACCUGAAUAUUGUGAAAUGGCAAUGGUUAAAUUGACCAUUAGAAAUAAUACAAGAUAUAACACACCACAAAAUACUGUCAUACAAAUACAAAUUGUUUAUCGACAACAUUGUUAUAUCCCCAAAGAUUAAUUGUCAUGUAAAGCAUAAUGACCAAAAUAAAUGAUGUCUUAAAAAAA